AUGGCGGCGUUCCUCGUCUCUCUUGUGCUCGUGUUCCUGGCGUCGCGUCAGGCCAACGCCGUGUGUAUCGUGCCAGAGGAGCAGUUUGCGGAGCUGCGGAAUGCCAGCGAAGAUGUGCGCAAGAUCAUCGCCUUCUUCACUAGCGGGAACGAGAAAGGCGUGGCGUACCAGCAGAUGGUGCAAUUCGUGGACAAGUACAGCGAGCGCAUUCUGGGCAGCGCCACGCUGGAGAAGUCCAUCGACCACCUGGUCGAGAAGCUUCGGUUGGAUCGCUUCCAGGACGUGCACACCGAGGACGUGCUAGCCGUGCGCUGGAAGCGCCAGGGAGAGGUGGCACGACUCGUCAAGCCGGAGUCCCGCCGGCUCAAGAUCCUGGGACUGGGCGGCUCCGUGGGGACGCCUCCCGGAGGCGUGACGGCGGCCCUAAGCGUCGUCCGCUCCUUCGACAACCUCCAGGCAGUGAGCGGUCGGAUCGUGCUGUACCUGCCGGAGUGGAAGGGCAGCGGCAACUACGCCAGCUACCUGCUGCGGGGCACCAGCCAGGCGGCCCGGCAGGGCGCCUUGGCCUGCCUGUUUAGGGCCCCCGAACCCCUGACGGGCACGGCCCUGUACGCGGGCCUCACGGGCUACGACAAGGGCACGCCACGCAUCGCGGCCGCCGUGCUCACCAAGCUGGAUGCCGACCUGCUGGCCAGGAUGACCAAGAGAGGAGAGGAGGUGCAGGUCUACCUCAAGCUGGAGCCCGGAGAUCCUGAGCAGGUCGUCUCCAGGAACAUCGUGGCCGACUGGAUGGGGACUAAGUACCCCAAGGAGUACAUUAUGGUGGGUGCCCACAUCGACAGCUGGGACAUCGGUCAGGGUGCGGUCGACAACGCGGCCGCCAUCUUCGUCAUCUGGAGUGCGCUGUCGGCGCUCAAGAAGCUCCAGCUGCGGCCCAAGAGAACCGUGCGCUUCGUCGUGUGGACGGCCAAGGAGCAGGGCGGGGAAGGAGCGACCGAGUUCUACCGUCGUCACGCUUCGGACAGCGGAAACGUCAGCCUCGCCCUGGAGCUCGACUUGGCCGCCUUCGCGCCCCUGGGCCUGGCGCUGUCGGCGGUCAAGAACAACGACACUGUGUGCAUUGCCAGGGAGAUGCUGAAGGAGUUCGAGCAAAUCGGCGCUAACCAGUUGCUGAAGGGCGGCAGCGCGACGCAACUCAAACACUGGAGGAUCGCCGGCGUGCCCGUCGCAGGACUCGUGACCGCCUGGUACUACCACGAGGACAUGCGACACACGGAGGCGGACACGGUGUCCGGCAUCAAUGCCGAGGACUUGGACCUCUGCGCCGCCAUGUUGGCCGGCCUCCUUCACAUGGUGGGUCAGAUGGAACGCAAGCUGCCACGCUGACUGCACAAAAACACGGGCUUCGCCCAUACCAUCUAGAAAAUGAGGUACGCGCCUCCUCCCCCCCCCCCCCCCCUUCUUCGCACCAAGCGUCAUCGCUAGGGGAUCCAAACAGCAUCGCCUAGGUUGUGUCGGCGUCGCUGCCAGCGCAUCGUGCGGCGUCUGACAACGAUCGUGACGCCAGCACGCGGCGACGCCAAGAUGGACGUGUCUGCCGUUUUGCGGUUUCUCUUGUUGAGCUUGGCGUGUUUGGCACUUUUGAGGAGGGUUGGGGAUCCGCUAACGAAGACGUGAUGCGCGGGCCUUGUCUUCUAGGUAGUAUUGGCUAGGCCAGCGGUUAUGUAUUUUCUUCCACCGCGGGUCUCCCGUAUCCUUUCUAAUUGAAUCAGAACGUUUUGUCGAACGCCUAAAAGACACGAAAGUUUCACAUGACUGUAAGCGUGACACUUGGUUAGAAGAAAGAAAACGCGGAAGACAAAAAAAAAAAGAGUUCUUGUUUGUCUUUUUUUGUUUCCCUUUGCAUUUUCCUUUUCUUACCCCACUCUCAGGUUUACAAUCAUGCUGAACUUACACCAGUUCGCCUGCAGUCUGACUAUUUUUACGAAGGUUGCUGUGACCACAGUCAAUACAACACACUAUUUUAUUCGCACCUAAAGUACUGUCG